AUGGGGUUCAGCCCUGACGGCUCAACUAGCUCAUACAGAGCCUUUUUUUCCCGCGCCGUUAACGAUUUAAAACAAUAUGACCACGGAGAUCUCUCCUUCAUUAUUAUCGCUGGAGCUAUGGUCUCUUUCAUGAUCCCGGGAUUGGCCUUCCUUUAUUCCGGUCUGUCACGGCGAAAAAGCGCUCUUUCGUUGAUAUGGGCUGUGUCUGCAAGCAAUGCUGUCGUCAUUUUUCAAUGGUACUUCUGGGGCUAUUCUCUAGGAUUCUCGACGACAGCUACAAAUGGGUUUAUUGGGAACCUCAGAAAUUUCGGUCUCAUGAAGGUCCUGGCAGAGCCUUCGCCAGGUUCUCCUUUGGUUCCCGACAUUCUCUACGCAUUUUUCCAGAUGGAGUUUGCCUGUGUGACGGCUUCUAUCCUAAUGGGUGGCCUUGCUGAGCGUGGAAGAGUUUUCCCUGCGAUGGUCUUUACUUUUAUCUGGAUGACACUUGUCUACUGCCCUCUUGUUUGCUGGAUCUGGAGCACCCAUGGAUGGGCGUUUAAAUGGGGCGUUCUUGAUUUUGCAGGUGGGGGCCCUGUUGAAAUCGGGAGUGGUAUCGGUGGUCUUGCAUAUUCGUGGGUUUUGGGUCGGAGACAUGAGAGGGAGUUGCUUAAUUUCCGCCCUCACAACGUCUCCUUGGUUGGACUUGGCACUUCCAUGUUAUGGUUCGGGUGGAUCGGUUUCAACGGAGGGAGUGCCUUUGGAGCCAACCUUCGUGCCAUUUUUGCGAUUUGGAAUACCAUGAUAGCUGCUGCAUUCGGCGCGAUGGUUUGGUGUUUGCUGGAUUAUCGUAUAGAGCGUCGCUGGAGUAUGGUUGGCCUUUGCUCUGGGACUAUUGCUGGUCUGGUGGCCGCAACUCCAUCGUCAGGAUACCUGAGACCCUGGUCAUCCGUUAUUGUUGGCAUCCUAUCUGGCGCAUUUUGUAAUUUUGCGACAAAGUUGAAAUUUUUGAUGCGGAUUGAUGACGCUUUGGACCUUUUCGCCGAGCAUGCAGUAGGAGGGAUGAUCGGUCUUAUCCUCAACGCAUUCUUCGCAUCUUCGUCGAUUACUAGCAUGGACGACGUUAGCAGCAUCCCUGGCGGAUGGGUAGAUCACAACUGGAAGCAACUGUAUAAACAGUUUGCUUACGUUUGUGCUACAUCCGCUUACACAUUCACGCUCACAGCAAUGAUAGCAAAAGCGAUAGACACCAUCCCUGGCAUGAGUUUAAGGUGUACGCCUGAGGGGGAGAUGCUUGGCAUGGAUGAAGUUGAGAUCGGAGAGUUCGCCACAGAUUAUAUCGAAAUCCGCCGGAAUGUCACGGACAGCGGCACGUUUGUGUCGCAGGAAUCAAGAAAUGGAUUAAAGUUUGUCGCAGGCGGUGACCACCAUGACCAGCCAAACUUCACCCCUCACCUUCCCGAAACAGAGCAGGCGAAUGGCAAUGGUCACCACCACCAAGAAGAUGCCGAUCCUGGGCAGGAAACUAUCGUUGAAAAGGCAGAAGCCAAUUCGGUGGCAGCAACAUAA